CUAUAGUGUUUAUCUCCAACCGGGUUUAUAACGGUAUAUUAACAUGCAUGGAUACCUGUAUAUUGUAACUUGUUAACCGUAGUUUUGGUCGACAAAUUUUUAUGAAGGAAUUAAAUUACGUUUAAAAAAAUCAGUCACCUUACCGUAAAUUUUAUACAGAUUUUGCAAAAUGAGGUUAUAGACCUUUGGGAAAAUUUGUCACGAAUUCGAAAGCACAUAAUACACAAUGGAACCGCCUGACUGUAGAAGAAAAAUGUAUUUACCAAUGGAAGCUCUCAAUAAUCACGACCUUCUGUCUCGGCUUGGGAAUGUAAGGUUAUUAAUGGUACCAAAAGAAACACACUGUGAUGAUCAAGAUGCUCAUAUCUUAGCCGAUGAUUCUGACUGGAUGAUGGCUGAAAAGAACAAGCCAAGAAGUCCACCAAUAUCACCAGCAGUACCUUGGUCAAGAACAACUUUUGAUUUUAAAUCACCUGAUGUCGAAUCGCCGUCUCCGUUGAAGCAUUCACCAGAAACGAGGGAUACACAACAAUCCAGUAAUGAACGAUCUCCAAUACCUGUAUAUAAAUCUGAUAUCAGAAAUAGUGAAAGCAUGAACCAAACACCCCAGUAUUACCAACCGUCUAUGUACAGAGAAAAUCAGUUAUUAAACACAAAACGUCAACUGUUCAGAUCAGAUACUAUAGCAGACAAACUCAGGGCUGUACAGAAUAGCCAUCAAGGAUCAGACAGACUAAGUCAAUUGUAUGAAUUGAUACAAUCAACAACCACCGAGAGCAGUAACAUACCAACUUCUCCAGUAUUAUCCACUGUCCAACCCAACCCAACUUACCAACCGUCUCAUCAAUGUCUCUGUCAUCACCAAACUUCAUUACAUAGCCAUCACCAUUCAUUAUCACCGCAUCAUAACGUCUCUAAAAGACGAAAAUAUGAAUCGCCUGUCUCAUCGAGUAAGAAAGAAAACGAAUCAAGUAAGACACCAUCAUGCACUUGUUCCUUGAUGGAAGAACAUUUUCUUCAAAUGGCAGAAACAGCAUAUAAAAAUAUUAGACGCAAAGAUACGUCGCCUGCCAGUUUUGAACAAUUCAAAAGGGAGCUAACUCACACUAAUGAUAUUUUAAAAGAAUCUGUGGACAUUCUGUUGAUGCAUCUCGUUCACACCCGAGAUUUUCGCAUGGAAUUUGUGUUUGCAUUUCGUAAAUGUUCCACUAAAAGUCAUGCUCAUAUUGUACUCUACUGUAAGUUGUUUGGGUUGUCUCAACUGAAAUAGAUAUCAGUCGUGUUUUGACUUCGUGAAGAUAUUUUCCAGAUAACUCAAAAACGACUUACUGGUAUAUGCUCAUUCUAAUGCAACGAUUCCACAUUUGAAUAUUUUAUUCCAAUGCAAAUUAUUUAUUUAUAAAUUAUAUUUAGAAGGUAAAUUUUUAUGUUUAUAAAAUUUGAAAAGAUUAUUUUCCGUCCUUGUAAAUAAAAAUGUC